AUGGUUUCAAGAGCGGUGGAUCUCGUCGCUCGAAAGCUAGCUGGCAUGGAUACGGAAACAGUAGCACGUUUAACCCAAGUUCUGAGUGAAGAAGCGCAAUCAAUCUCAGAUGAACUUCAGUACAGCGGACAAAAUGUCGAUGCCGAUAUCUUAGCUGCAAGACUAGAAGGACUUGUAGCAAGAAUUAAGCAUGAAGCUCGAAAUACGGAUCAUGAUCCAUCUCCAUAUGAAUUUCCAAUUUUUAACGUUUCGCAUAAUCCAGCUGCUCCUUAUCCGAAUCCAAUCAAUCAUCUCUAUGAUAAACGCUACAAAGAAGCAUACUCCACUUUUAUCAAACAAAAUCAGCAACAAUCAUCGGCUUCUAGCGCGACGACUGCUGCUUCGACGUCUUCUUCAUCAACGUCUCAAACACCAAAACCUUCGACACCAAGUGUACCAUCUCCAGCAACACCGUCUACUACGGUUGCAAUAAAACCCAGUUCUUCAUCUACAAAUCCCAAUUAUUCCAAAGUUCAAUAUCAAAGACCAUCCAGCAAUCAACUCCCUUCUCCUGGUUUUGUACCAGCCUUCACAUCUCAAAAUACGAAUGGUUGGCCGUAUACAAGUUCUAACAAUACGCAGCCCUCCUCUAGCAAUGCACAAGUAGUACAUCGCUCAGCGACAGGUACUGAUUUACAGUCGUCGGCAUUGUCUCGUUCGGUUAGUACGAACAAUCUGAGUCAAUCUUCGGCUACUGGCAAAGAACAAAUUCGUGUACGUGUUAUAAAUGAUACUUCAAAUCCGCCGGGAUUAUUGAGAAGAUCAAAUAGUGCUAUGAAUGUCAACAACGAUGCAUUAACUACACCUACCAUAUACGCAUCACCGAGCACGGAGCUAGAUAAGGAAACCAUGGAAGAUCUAUUCAAAGUCGUUAACAGUCAACGGGCAGAAGCUCGGCGAUCUACGACAUCACCGAUGAGAGAGCGCAUCAUUGUUAUCGAUCGACGUGGUUCAGCCACGCCUGACAAUGGUGGAAAUCCAUCUGGUCAAAAUCGAUUUCGUACGUAUGAAAUUCGUACACCAGUGCUAGAAAAGCCGCCAUCAAGCAGCACAGGAACUACUCCUACUUCACCUUCGACCACAACAAUGGCUGUGCCUUCAACUACAUAUACAUCUCAACCUCAACAAACAAACUACUUUGCAGGUCAACAAAUGUACUAUCAACAACCGAAAAUGUAUUCAUCUACACCUACUAAUCCAUUUUCCACAUCUACACCUUAUGCACCCCGUGUGAAUGGGUUUUAUCCAUAUGGGUAUUAUCAUUACUAA